AUGGACAACAGCAAACAACCACUCUACAGUGGUCAGACACAAUUUGUCGUUCAACCACAACCUUCCUAUCCUCCGCCACAAGGGUAUUAUGUCGAUCCAAAUACUUCUCACCAUGUACAGGUUGGAUAUCAACAGCAAACAACCACUGUAGAGGCCUCAGCAGUUCGCCCAAUCAAUGAAGAAGAUGCUAAUAGUGCCAUGUUAAUGUUUGUGAUUGGAUUCUUCUUUGGUAUUGUUUGGAUUGUGAAUUAUGCAAUGUACCGAAAUUCACCAAAUGCUCAAGCUCGACAAUAUGCCAAGUUCAGUCUCUAUGCAUUCAUUAUUUGUUUGGUCUUGAGUGUGGUGUUGGUGUUAUUUUCCAUCGUAUUGCCAAUCAUAGUUGUUGCCUCCGCUGCUUCAACAAAAUAA